AGCUCUUCGAUAUCCACUGCUCCCACUCAAGCCAGAAGAAACUCAACAAGAAUCGCCAUGACCACUUUACGUCUCCGAGAGCAAGAUUUAGAAGGCAAGGUGGCCGUCAUCACCGGUGCGACACGAGGUAUUGGUCGAGCAAUUGCAAUGAAUCUCGCAUCAAGAGGGGCCUCCAUCCUUGGCACAUGCUCACACGCCAGCAGCCUCGACUUGAUAGCAAACAUGAGAGAUGAGAUCGAUGCGUUGUACAAAGAGGCCAACCAGGAACGUACUUGCAGGACCACAGGCCUUGCAGCAAACAUUACCUCUCCAACAUGCGCGGAAGACAUAGUGAAGAAAAUCUUGGACCUGAGGUAUGGCGUCGAUAUUUUCGUCAACAAUGCAGCAGAUUCUCUUCCGGGCGGGAUUGGAGAUUUGACUGUCAACGAAAUUCAGAAGAGCAUGAUCAGCAAUAUCCAAACGCCUGUACUGAUCGUCGAUGAAUUCGUGAAGAGAAAGAUGUUUCGGCCCGAGAGCAGGAUUAUCUAUAUUUCGUCUAUCCGUUCGAGGCAGCCAUGGUCUGAACAGUUGAUGUACGCAGCGGGGAAAUCUGCAGGAGAAUCGCUGUGUAGGACUUGGUCGAUGGCUUUCGGAGGUAACGAAGAGAAGUUCUCAUUCAUGGCUGGAACAACAGCAAAUUCAGUAUCUGUAGGCUUGACCCAAACAGAUUCAGUCAUGCAAUGUCCACCCGAUGCGUUGGAGAAGUUCAAGCAAGAGUUCAUUCCACUGCAGUCGAUUCCUCGCUUUGGACAGCCUGAUGAUGUUGCGGAUGUGGUUGGUAUGCUGUGCAGUCGCGAUACUCGGUGGAUCACAGGUUGCGUCCUCAGUGCAAGUGGAGGCGGGAUCAAGAUCGGAUAAGUCUCAAUGUGCUGGUUUCGAUCAUAUGCAUCUCGCCUUGCAAGUCCUUGCCGGAGCCAAUGCGAUGCACAAUUUUGUGUCUUGCGACAAGUACCGACGGGCUAGUGUUCUAUGAUCUACAGUCUUUUUUCAGUAAUCCGCAACUUCAUGCAGAACUUCAAU